UCAGCUCCGGGACUUCCUGUAUCCAGCUCGGCUCUUCACUGCUGCAAGCAAGGGGGAUGUUUCUCCGAAGACCGUGAAACUACACGAAUGAAACCGGGAAUAAAAGUGCACUCAAAAUGAGCUGGAUGCCCUUCAAGAUUGGUCAACCAAAGAAACAGAUUGUCUCUAAAACAGUUGAAAGAGACUUCGAGCGAGAAUAUGACAAGCUUCAAAAGCUGGAGGAUCAGACGAAAAAACUGCACAAAGACAUGAAGAAAAGCACUGAGGCUGAUUUAGCCAUGUCCAAAGCGGCAGUGAAGAUUUCUGCAGACCUGCUGAGUAAUCCUCUGUGUGAGCAGGACCAAGCCUUCCUGGAGUCCAUGACUGCUUUAGAUACAGCCAUGAGAAGGAUGGACGCCUUCAAUCAGGAGAAGGUCAACCAGAUCCAGAAGACCGUGAUUGACCCCCUGAAAAAGUACAGCGGCGUCUUUCCCAGCCUCAACAUGGCGGUGAAGCGUCGAGAGCAGGCGCUGCAGGACUACAAGCGGUUGCAGUCCAAAGUGGAGAAAUACGAAGAGAAGGAAAAAACCGGCCCGGUUAUGGUCAAACUACAUCAGGCAAGAGAAGAGCUCCGGCCGGUCAAAGACGACUUUGAAGCCAAGAACAAGCAGCUGCUGGACGAGAUGCCCAAGUUCUACCACAGCCGCAUCGACUACUUCCAGCCCAGCUUCGAGGCCCUCAUCCGGGCACAGGUGGUCUAUUUCACCGAAAUGUACAAGAUCUUCAACGAGCUGACAGACCAGAUCGACCAGGCGGGACUGACUGACGAGCAGAGGGAGAGGGAGACGGAGGCCAAGCUCAGCGAGUUGCGUGCUCUGUCCAUUGUCGCCGACGACUGAAGGGGGCGGGGGGGGGGGGGGGGCGCUGAAAAACCUGGAAGGCCUCUUUUCAUGCCUCUGUGAACGGAUUGCACUCUUUUCAGGCUCCUCCGGAGUUCAAACGGACAGCCACGGCCUUAACCUGAACACGGCUGUCUCCCCUGGCGGCCUCGUCACCCCCACCGUCACUCUUGCACUACACCCGAACGCUUCACUCUCUCUCCAGCUCAGAGCAGCUCAACGCCACAUUAACUAAGCCAUCAGCCAAGUGCAACAUUAUAAGCCAAUGUGUUUUUUCUUUCUUUUUUUUUUUUUUUUUUUUAAAGGAAAACAAUCAAACAGAUCUUGUCAGAACUAAUUAGCAUUGUUACACUUUGUGGUUUCAGAGAUAUCUAUAAGCUUUUUGUCUCUUCUGCAGGAAGUGAGCAAGAUGUCUUUAUUAGUCACAUUUCCUCUGUUUCCAACUGUCUGUGAAAUAUCAUUUUUAUUACCCAACUUUGAAAUUACAAGUACUGCAGAUGUAAUUUAAUGUAAUGUACUCUUAGAUGAUCGGCUCGGAAAGAAGUUCUCCUGUAUUUUUCGCCCUCUUGAAGUUGCGCUCCGUGCCAAGCCGUGUGAGGGUUUUUAACGAGACGCUGUUUGUAACAUCAGCUGUGCGUAACGUGCCUUUUUUUUUUUUUUUUUUCUGAUCAUGGAUGUAGCCUGAAAACUAAUCUGUGCGAAGUGAGUCUGCCCGAGCAGCCGUGUCAAGAAGGUCAACCACUCCGGCUGCAAAGAUAACAAGUUGCUCUUCUUGCGGGGGAAGGAAAAAAAAAAUCAAAGGCUGCUGCUCCCUCUAGUGGAAAACAUUCGUCAGGACACGCAUUCCCCUUUUGUUCACACCAUCCAUCCUUUGUUCUAUUGUUGGGUCGAGUGUGUUUGCAAAGAACCUCUCACAAUGUUGGCACACUAGAAAAUCCUCUUUGUACACCAGGGUUAGAUGCUAUUCACGCUUUUUUUAUUUUCUUUUUUUGGCUUUUCUUAAUUCUACCAGAACCAAAUCAUACUGUCCUUGUUCUCCUUUGUUACCAGGUAGAGCUUCAGUGUGACAAUACACACACACACACACAGGAUCUGUCACCUCCGUCAGUUUUUAUCAAGUGUCACCUUAUAAAGUCAACUAUUUAUUCCCCGUUUUGAAAUUACUGAAGGAAAUGUUUUAUUUUUUAAUACAGAAUGUAAAAGUCCAUAACUGUAUUAAUGAAGGUGCUUUUCUAUACAUGAGUUUAAGUGGUAAUAAUGGUUAAUUUUAAUAUUUUCUAACAUGACUUUAACAUUAGAAUGGGUUUUUCUUAACGUUUUUAAAAUGCAUUAAUAUGACAAUCUGUUAAAAUGACAAUGUUUCCAGUUGUUGUGUCUCAUGGUAUCGUAAAUCGUGGAAUAAAUUGAAACUAUCAAGAUGUGUCUUUAUGAUUGAAAAGAGUUGAGUCAAGCAAAAAAAAAGAAAAGUUAUCUUCUCCAUGUCUUUAUUUCCAUUCAGUUUUAUUUUGCUGGAAUUAGUCAGCAGUGUCUUGUUUACAAAUAUUAAUAAAAGCUGUAUUUACAGUU